AUGGAUGUUAAUGAAUAUCGAGUACGAGGGAAAGAAAUGGUCGACUACAUUGCAGACUAUUUAGAAAAUAUCAGAGAUCGUCAUGUAUUUCCUGCUGUGCAGCCAGGAUAUAUGAAAAAUUUACUACCUGAAACGGCGCCAGAUCAUCCAGAAGAAUGGGAGUCAAUUUUCAAUGAUAUCGAGCGAGUUAUAAUGCCUGGUGUUGUCAAUUGGCAGAGUCCUCAUAUGCACGCAUAUUUUCCAGCAUUAAAUUCAUUUCCAUCGUUACUUGGCGAUAUGUUGGCUGAUGCUAUAAAUAGUCUUGGAUUUACUUGGGCUUCAUCACCGGCAUGUACAGAAUUAGAAAUAAUUGUUAUGAAUUGGCUUGGUCGAAUGAUUGGACUUCCUGAAUCGUUUCUUCAUGUUAAAAAUGGCAGAGGUGGAGGUGUCAUACAAACAACUGCAAGUGAAGCUACUCUUGUCUGCCUUCUCGCUGGACGAACCAAAGCAAUUAGGAAAUUCCACGAACAUACCCAAGGAUUUCAAGAUGCAGAAAUUAAUGCAAGACUUGUGGCUUAUUGCUCUGAUCAGGCGCAUUCAAGUGUCGAAAAGGCAGCUCUAAUCGGUCUCGUGAGAAUGAGAUUUAUAGAAGCAGAUGAGCACUUGAGCUUACGAGGUGGUGCACUGAAGGAGGCAAUUGAAGAGGAUAUUAGGAAUGGGUUGAUUCCCUUUUGGGUGUGCUGUACAUUAGGUACAACUGGAGCCUGUGCAUUUGAUAAUCUCGAUGAGAUCGGAGAUGUGUGCAGAGCUUUUGAUCUAUGGCUUCAUAUUGACUCAGCUUAUGCUGGUUCAGCUUUCAUUUGUCCAGAAUUUCGAGAAUGGAUGAAAGGAGUAGAGAAGGCAGACUCAAUUGCAUUUAAUCCAUCAAAAUGGUUGAUGGUUCAUUUUGAUUGUACUGCAAUGUGGGUAACCAAUAGCGGUGCUCUCCAUAGAACCUUCAAUGUUGAGCCAUUAUACCUUCAGCAUGAGAACUCUGGACUUGCGAUUGAUUUUAUGCAUUGGCAAAUUCCACUUAGCAAAAGAUUUCGAGCCAUCAAACUUUGGUUUGUGAUUAGAAAUUAUGGCAUAAGGGGACUUCAAAAACACAUCCGUGAAGGUGUUCGACUGGCACAAAAAUUUGAGGCUCUAAUACUUGCUGAUAAUCGCUUUGAAAUCCCAGCUGCAAGACAUUUAGGCAUGGUAGUUUUCCGGCUAAGGGGCGAGAAUGAGCUGACAGAAAAGCUCCUAAAGCGAUUAAAUCAUCGAAGAAAUCUUCAUGCUGUUCCCGCAUCACUUAAAGGAAAAUACGUAAUACGUUUUACAGUAACAUCGACACAUACAACAAACGAUGACAUAAUAAAAGAUUGGAACGAGAUUCGAUACGUUGCUUCGGAAAUAUUGGAAGAAUCCAAUGUGAAGAUCGAUAAGCGAGUGCUGCUUAAAGAUACACGCGAGAAGAACGAAGCUUUCGGUUCGAGUCUCUUAUUAGCCAACUCACCAAUGUCACCAAAAAUAGUCAAUGGUAGUUUUGCAGCCAUUAUUGAUGCUGAUGAAUUUUUAGCGAAAGCAUAUGCAGGCAUACGAAUUGCGAACCAAGACUCGCCCGCCAUGAGAAGACGAGUUAGAGGAAUUUUAAUGUCUGGUAGACAAUUCUCACUUGACAGUCGUAUGGAUCUUGCAAUUCAAGGUAUUGAGCCAAUUAAGGUAAAUAACGGCGCAGAACAAGCAAUUGAUGAAAGUGACGAGAAUGUUUGUCAGGAAGGUACGAAGGCAAGGUUAUGAAUACACGCCAACUCAAUCUCCAAACCCGAAUCACCAAAGCACUUCUUCCAAAGACCUCGCUGCAAAUCAUCACAAAGUCCAUAAGAAGGACCAUAAUUCAUCAUACUUAAGACUCGUCAACAAAACCGUAAACUUUCAAGAUAAUCCAUCACCAAGUAGCUCAUUUAAAUCAAGUUUAAACAGUAUCGACGAGAAUAAUUCAACAGAUAAAUUCAGUGACUUUCAAUUCACCGGCAAGGGACCCAAUGACUUCUAUACAAACUUUUUGAUGGAUAAACGGCAAUCUGAACCAGCCAUUCGAUUCUCGUUUUAUAAUAAAUUGUUUGACAUGGAAGAUAAGUCUCAACAGUUAGCACCGCUGAAGGAUUUUCGGAAAUAUUCACUUCCGUUGUCUAUGGAAGCUUCAUGUUCUGAAUCAUCUAUUUUAUCUGCAUUUAUUUCAUCUUCGUACACAUCUUCAACUCUACAGGGAUGUGCCAAAAAAAGCAGGAAAGAUCAGAACGCCAAAAUUAAACUUACAAUCAACGACAAUGAACGGAAUGAAUUGUCAUCUUCAUCAUUCGAGUCCAUAUCACCUAUUGAUGGAUAUCUUAGUGACAAUUCAUGUCUAAUCCAUAGCCACAAUCACCAAUUUUGGACUAAAACUGAAAAUCGAUUCAGCGAUGAUUUCGAUAAUGUCAUGAGUGAUAAGCAAAAGUCAUUGAAUUUUUCAUCUAAACGUGAAGGAAGUGUCGAUGAUGUUGAAACUAAGAAAAUUUGCAAAAAAUGCGGCCACUGAUACUUUAAUGACCAAAUACAAUAUACUGAUCUCAACAUGACUAAUCAGCUUGCUUGAUUCUUUUACUUUCAUCCCCGUUCAAAAGCCAUUUAGAUCAAAAUAGGAAGUAAAGAUGGAAUUGCAAGCUGAUUGAGUCGUUAUUAUUUUUGUAGGAUAUAAAAAAAAUUGUAAGUUCUGAAAACUUUAAUGUUAAGAUAUAAACUUCAAAAUGACUAUGCAUAGCUAAGAACGAAAGUGUAUGAAGCUGAUUAAUUUAACUUUGAUCAGUUCCACAACUUUUGUUCAAGAUAAAGAUUGUCAGAAAGUAUGCAGCAAAAUUAUAAUUUUCGGAAGUUCUGCAAAUUAGGAAGCCAUCAAUGGCUCAACUUCAAUCAAAAUUUCUUAAGAAAAUCAAGAAAAUCCAACUUAAAGGGAAAAUGUUGUAAAAUUAACUGUUGAUAUCCUUAAAAAUGUUUUCAUCCCUAAAAUAAAUUUUGAUUGAAUUUUUGAGGCCACAUUAAUAAUAUCCAAAACUUUCGAAUUCUUAAUAAAUUUUAAACAAUGUCAAAGGUUAUUUUGAAAACUCUAUAAUCCAUAAAACCCCAAUUGUAAAUUUUUGAAAUCCUAUGAAAAAAUCUCAAAAUGCUGCUGUGCAAAUCAAUAAUAAUUAGCGAAGGGAUUCUUUGAUUCCUUAAAAUUCCUUGCUUGUCCAAUUUCUGUAAUUAAUUUGAAUAAAAUUAUUUUUGUUUUAUUCACACAAAAAAAUAGUUUUUCUUU